AUGUACUGCCACUCGACGGGUAAGUGUCUGGUCUUCCCGGUGGCUCGACUAGGCAUGGUCUCAUGGUCCUCCUGUCCUCCCAACCUCUCCGCUCUCUACUGGUACAGCUGUCGCAUUUCCUAUGCUUACUUUCUUGCCCUUGCCAUCGCCACCUUCGUUUUUGUGGGCCUCCUCUUCCUUUCCACCUGUGUGCUUUGCUUCCUCAGACAUCGUCGCUGUAGACAUACCAAUAUCACUGGGACCGCCUCUGUUGCCCGAUCCUCUUCCUCUAAUCUUCGUCCUUCCACCGCCUAUCACUACGCUAGGCACCUUGUCAGAAAUGACAUCGAUGUUGAGGAACUGCCUGAAUCAAGUCGAUUGUUGGAUUCUCCGCAGUGUUGUAGGAACUACGGUAGGCUGUGA